ACUUGACUUUCAACGUUGCAAAAUGAAAACCUUUUUUUUCAUAUUUAUUCCCCCGUUGGCAAAUACAAUUGGACUCAAGGGCUGUAUACUGUGACUGCCUGUAAAGCAACAUCAUACACAGUAUGCUAAAUAUAACUGAUGAACACUCGAUAUACGUCAUAGCUAGAUCUACCUCGAUUGGGAAUUGAGAGUAAUUCGAUUCAUUCUCAUGAAUUUGUUUGAUUCCGUGUGCAUGUUUGGUUCUUGUCUGGUUCUUGCGUUGUAUCCGUCUUCCUCGUGAGCUUGCUAGCUGAACUUGGUACUGGUUAUCGAGUAUUCCACCACCAUGGCACCCAAGAACCCGGUGAUGAACGUGGCCGUGUCUCCGGAAGACACCCCCCUGGAUGAUCUGGAUCACACACCCUACCCAUCCGGGUACCAACAGGAGCAGAAGCGGCCACCUUCAAAGAUCGUCUGGAGGAAUGUCGUUCUCAUGUGUCUCUUGCAUCUGGUAUCGGUCUACGCUCUUCUCUUCACCAUCUGGAAGUGCAAGAUGUAUACCAUCGCCUGGACUGUUUUCCUUUACUUCUUAACUGGUCUUGGAAUAACCGCUGGAGCACACCGACUUUGGGCUCAUCGUUCUUACAAGGCAAAGCUCCCUCUACGAACAUUCUUAGGCAUGUGCCAAACAAUGGCCUUCCAGAAUGAUAUAUUCGACUGGGCACGAGAUCAUCGCGUCCAUCACAAGUUUUCCGAGACGGAUGCUGAUCCCCAUAAUGCAUUGCGUGGUUUCUUUUUUGCCCACGUUGGCUGGUUGCUAGUCAAGAAACACCCGGAUGUCUUCGAGUACGGAAAGAAAAUCGAUUUCUCUGAUCUCCUGGCAGAUCCAGUAGUCAAAUUUCAGAGAAGGUUUUACCUACCACUCGUUAUAUUAUUCUGCUUCAUCAUCCCUACCUACGUACCUACCUACUGGGGUGAGUCUGCGUUGAAUGCUUAUUUGGUUUGCGGUCUACUCCGGUACUGCCUCAAUCUGAACGCAACAUGGCUGGUGAACAGCGCCGCCCACAUGUGGGGCCAGCACCCCUACGACUACACCAUCCACCCAGCCGAAAACCCCAUUGUCACCACUCUAGCACUGGGCGAGGGCUGGCACAACUACCAUCACGUAUUCCCGAACGAUUACCGGACCGGCGAGUUCGGUUGGCGGAUCAAUCCGACUUCGAUAUUCAUCGACGUAAUGGCGUGGUUCGGUCAGGUUACGGAUCGUAAGUUGAUCGCGCCUAACAUCAUCGAGGCCCGUAAGCAGCGCACUGGGGAGAAGGUUCAACAUAGUGAUUAGCUCUCGUUUACGACAUUUUUUUUUCAGCGUGUACAGAGUAAAGACUGAAUGAUAUGUGAUGGGAGAGGGAUGUAGUAAAUGCGUUCUCUUUAAUCCUCGUAGCAGUAUUACAAUUAUUUUUUGAAACGAGAAUCUAGUUUUCUUUAUGUAUUAAGGCGCAUGCACACCGAAUACAAUCCGGCAAACAGUGCCCAUAACCGUAUACUAAUUGCGAAAUAACAGUUCAGGAUAUAUCUAUUUGCCUUAUAGUAAAAAAAAAUCAUCUUCACUUUUCUGUGAACUGUAGUGCCGAUGAACCGGAUUUGGGUUAUUACAAUAAAGUUUAUUUUCUUUAGGUGAAUAUCUUUUUCUUGUUAUGAAUUCGUUAGUCUCAACUUUUCAGUAAACAAGUACAAAAACUUUGUUUUGAUAAAUAUUAGUGAUUUUUAGCAUAGUCAGCCGCCCCGCCCUACUUCUAAAACCUUUAGGGCGAUUCGAACUCAAACUUAUUUUGAAAUGAUUCAGUACCCACUAAGGGAAAACUAAGCAUUUGAAAUUUGAUAGAUGUGUUUGAUUUCAAAAUGAUAUAACAAUUAAAUUUAAGUUAUUUAAUUUAAUUUAUUGGUUUUUUUUUUGAGGGGGGGGGUCUUAACCGCGAAAUAAAAAAAGGGGUCAUUCAUUGUAUGGCCCAUUCAUUCGGAACAUGAGCGUGAUGAGAAGAAAUAGAAGCCUUAUUAUUCAGACAAUAUUUUCACAUAUAUUAUGGAGCUUUGUAGAUGAAUUAAAACGAACGAUGACUAUUUCUAUGCGUAAGUAUUGAAUAUAUAUUUUUAGUCACGUGAUGCAUUGCGCAAAGAGGAAACAGCCGAAAAUUUUUAGCGAAAAUGGGGAGCAAUCGCAAGCGCUGUUUCAAUAUAAGUUAUCUGGGGGUUAAAAAAAACAACUGCAGUAUUUACAACGUUAUUCAAAUGAGAAGACUUCAGAAUACUGUUCGUCCCAGUGUGAAUAUUAAUUGAUUUAAGAGUUCAAGAAUCUAUUUGAGAAUGCAGUUGUCCACUUUGUGCUUAUAGUUUCAGUUUUGAAGAGGAUAACUUGAUUUAUAAUCGUUGUUUCGUAAUGAGUAUUCGAGUAAAGUCUUCGAAGUUGAUAUUUGAAAUUGAUUUUGAUGCGACGACAAAAUGUAAGAAUUAUUGUAUAUAUUUUGUAUACAACUAUAUAUAAUUCAUUUUGGUUGAAUUGUUUUUAACAACUGCCCUAAACACUAGGGCCUAUAGUCUGUAUUAUCAUCUCUGGAGAUUAUUAUAAUAUUUUUUGCAAGGUCGAUAAAAGCUGAUAUUUUGUCUUUCGAUAGUAUUCGUUUUUAGGACACCGACCUCUGAAGAACAUUUCAAAGUGAAUGUUUUUCUUGUAGAUCAUGAAUGUAGUUUUGUUUGAUGGUUUUUGCGAUAGAUUUCAUUAUGGAGAGGCAUUUUAUAUUGUGUAGGGAUUGGUGAUGGUUUACCAGUUUGAUGUAAAGUACAUGCGAUUAGAUUAUAAUGGGUAUAUUUGUUGAUUGGAAAUUGGAGAUAUAACAAGUGAUCAAAAUCACUAUCAGAAUAAAAUAAGUUUUGAGUGAUGGUUUUUGCGAUGGAGAGGCAUUUUGUAUAUUGUUUAGGGAUUGGUGAUGGUUUACCAGUUUGAUGUAACUCGCAUGCAGUCAGAUUAUAAUGGGUAUUGUAAAUUGCAAAUAGGAGAUAUAACAACUGAUCAAAAUCACUAUAAAAAUGAAAAUAUUUAUAUUGUGAUCGUAAAAAAUAUGUCUACGCAUUGAUUUAAAUAGAAAUGUUUGCGUAUAUGGUGCUCGUGUGGUUCUUAAGAGAUCAAAUUUUUGUUCUUCUUCUUUCUCUUAUUAUUAUUGUCAUUAUUAUUAUUUUCUUCGAUUCUUCUUCUUCUACUACUUCUUCGUCUUCUUCGAUUCUUCUUCUUAUUCUUUUUCUUCCUUUUCCCCCUCCUUCCUUUUUUUCCCAUUUAUCUAUUUCCCCGUUUUGUUCUGUUAUUCUAUUGUUAACUUUUGUUGGCCUUUGUUUAAUUCAGAAUACUUUCCUCCGGUCAAAUCGCUGACUUUUAUGUGUUUUAAUUCGCCCCCAGUGCCAUGUGACAUAAAGCUUAGUGAUUGAUCUUUGGGCAGAUUUCUACGAUUGACUUCAUUUAUUACGAUGUAAUUAUCAAGUCUCAGCCCCACGAGCAAUUCCUCACCUUUGUGGUACUGGGUGACCAUUUUACGAUUAACUUGAGUCAAUUAACACACUACUAUUAGUCACAUAUUUGAUUGUGUAUCACAUGACACACUCAUUAUGGGACAUGUUGAGUGUGGCACACAUAGGUUUGUAAAUGUAAAACGUGCAAUUGUGUCAUAUAACACACUAGUGUAUCAUGCUACACACAGGUGUGUCGUUGGACACACAAGAUUAAUGUGAAACGUGUAAGUGUAUCACGCAACUCUCAGAUGUGUCAUUGGACACAAGUGUGAAACGUAAGUGUAUUAUACAGCACUCAUGUGUGUCAUUGGAAGACGACAAGUGUGGAACGUGUACGUGUUUCAUGCAACACACAUGUGUAUCAUUAGAUAGACAAGUGUGAAACGUGUACGCGUUUCAUGCAACACACAUGUGUGUCAUUAAUAGACAAGUGUGAAACGUGUAAGUGUAUCAUGCAACACACAGGUGUAUCGUUGAAAACACAUGUGAAACGUGUUAGUGUAUCAUGCAACACACGUGUGUCACGUCAUUGGACACAAGUGUGAUACGUGUAUAUGCAACACAAGGUUUGUAAUAAGCCAGUUCGGAGUUCCAUUCUGCGCAUGAUCAGAAGAAGGUCAUUUGAACUCUUGAUGGCAUGGUGGUUUGAUAUUUAAUGAGAUAAGCACCGACACUGGUGUCUUGAUUAUUCAUAUAUUCCUUUUAAAUGCGUUUCCACCCUGUUUCCACUGGAAACCGACUGGAAAGCAACAAUGCGUUCAGUAACAGCUGGUAUUUAACAUGUCUAACAGUUGGCCUAGUACAUUGUAAUAGCAACAUGCGAAUGCAUUCAAAGUAGAAAUGCAACAAACACCUUUAUAAAGUGUUCAUUGAUUGAUAUUCUAGUCACAUGGUCUAUGCAAUUUGUGCAUCUUGCUAUGUCUGGCCAGCUUAUGUAAUAUCUUGCUUUGAAAUUUGCCUAUCCUAAUGGAAGAAAUGAAAGGUCAAUUGUACAAACUUGCCCAUGAGGUAUCUAUUGGACACACCAAGAGCUGUUAAUAUUCCUCGUCCUUCUCGAUCUCUGCUAUAUACCAUUUGGAUCUAGAAUCUUGAUAACAAAGGUUGUCACCUAUAUAGAAAAAAGUUGAAUAUAUUGUUUGUUUUAUUACAAAUAUUUGGUUGCCUUGGUCAUGUUCGCUUAACAUGUUCAAUGUGUGUGAUCUUUAGGAGUUGACUCUAGGAAAUUAUUCAUGUUCUUUGUCACGUUUAAAACAUGUAACUUUGUUUACUUGUAAAAUUUUGCGUUCGAUGAUGUGUUGCUUGUAAAUAUGUUAAUUUGAACAUAUAAAUACAACAUGAACGUAUGUCAUAGCACCAAGAAUUCUAUUUUAAGAAUGUGUCUCGUCGUAACUGCAAAAUAAGAUAAGGAUUUCUUAUAUAUUUGUCUUCGUUUUUAUUAGAUACAGAGAGUACCGAAGCGAUGACGUCAGUUGCCAUCAAAUGAACCCGCCGAAUGAAAGUGCGUGUUUCUUAUAUAAUAUAGGAGAAUGGCUGCUAUGGGAAUUUUAUCGCUUGCAACUUAUUUUUCAGACGAGCCAAAGUCAUUUGCAAAGUGUACAGACGACCGUCACCUGCGACUUUGUUUAGAAGUUAGAACCAGCCCGCCAUGACACCAUGGCAACUGAAGUCACACUUCGGUACUCUAUAACGACCUUUUAAUUUGACUGACGCAAGCAUUACUCCUAGGAGUCUGAUGUAGGGUGAUGUCCCUUCAAACAAAUAUUUUGGAAAUUCUGAUUUUAGUUCUUCUGUUAUCAAGUGCCAGUCAACUUAUUGUUUGCGUUUGUUGAAAGAAUGAAAAUUUAUAAACGACUAAAUAAAUGCACGCAAUUUAUCAGUGUAACAUGAUAAAUUA